AUGUUGAAAUUCCAAGUGAUUUUGGCAUUUGUAAUGCUAGUAGUUACCAGCAUUGCUGCUCAAAACUGUGAGGUCUGCCAGACAAGCAAUGCCGUCUAUUGCAUUAAUCAGACCAGUUAUCAAUUCUGUAUGGGGGACAAUACCGUUGGAGCCGUACAGACCUGUGACGAAGGAUUCGUAUGCAGCAACACCGAUGAUGUGUGCGUGGCGAGCGAUACUGUGGACAACACUAACAUUCUGGAUGUCUGCGGAAAUCCCUCCGAUGGCCAGUGUCGGAGCUGUGCCAACACUAGAUACACCUGUGUAAGCCGCACCCAAUUCGCACGCUGUGUGGGCGGAGCCAUUGGUGUUGUAACCGAUUGUGCCGAUGAUGAGAUUUGUAUAUUGGACUCCUAUAGCACUUUUGGGAAAAUAUGUGUGCCCAAUUGCGCCGCCGACUUUGUGGAAUUCACUGCCACUUGCCAAAAUGACGCUUAUGUACCGGAGACAACAACAACAACCACCUUGGAACCACCGACCACACCGUCAGCGUCGGACCGUCAAACAGCUUGCGAAACGGCGGCAACUAGCAAUACUGCCAUCUUUUUCUAUACCAGAUACCAGGCCGAUGUUCAAUGCAAAACCUACCUGUACUGCGAGAGACUCAAUGAUAACACUUGGAGAACCUUAACCUUGACCUGCCCCAAUGCCACGCCCUUCUUCAGCUCCACUUCGGGUAAUUGCGUGGCCACAAGGCCGCAGGAUUGCGACACCACUACCACCUCUACCACGACCACAACCACAACUACAACCACAACAGUAGCUCCACCAGCUCCAGCUGUAUAA